GCCAGCAGCUCCUCAGCAAACCAACGCUUCCUGGUUAUCUGCUGAUGGAGGAACACAGUUGUUUUUAAACCUGGAGGAGGAAACUAGCUGGCUUCUUCUGACUGAGGAUCAAGAUGUCUCUGAGGAGCGGCUGUAGUCUGGUCCUGCUCGUCGUGUUCUGUCUCUUUGUGACCGCCCGGUGUAGGUUUCCUACUCUGGACCACAUCAGACCGGCAGCCAGCGACAAGGUCCAGAGCAGAGCGGUGGUGGAGCUGCUGAAGCGGCUGAUCGGGACCAGGUCUACAGAGUUCAUGGUGUCGGUGAACCGGAGCCUCUCCAACGACAGCCUGGAUGUGUGUGAGCUCCGGUCCACCAGGAACAACAAGGUGGUGGCUACCGGCAGCAGCGGAGUGGCUCUGGCUUCAGGCAUCUACAACUACCUGAAAUACUUCUGUAACUGCCAUGUUUCCUGGUCCGGUGACCAGCUGGAGCUGCCUCGUCCUCUACCGAGGGUCACCGGAGUCCUGAGGAUCAGCACCCAGCACAGAUUCCGGUAUUACCAGAACGUCUGCACUUUAAGCUAUUCCUCUGUGUGGUGGGACUGGCCGAGGUGGGAGAGAGAGAUCGACUGGAUGGCACUCAAUGGGAUCAACCUGCCGCUGGCUUUCACUGGCCAAGAAGCCCUGUGGCAAGAGGUUUACAGAGCUCUCGGGUUAAACCAGUCGGAGAUCGAGGAGUUCUUCUCUGGCCCGGCGUUUCUGGCCUGGAACCGUAUGGGAAACUUGUUCAAGUUUGGUGGGCCUCUGCCGCAGUCCUGGCACGUGAACCAGCUCUACCUCCAAUUUAAAAUCUUAGAGCGAAUGAGAGCCUUUGGCAUGAUCCCUGUGCUGCCGGCCUUCUCUGGGAACAUCCCCGAGGGAAUCCUCAGGUUGUAUCCAAAAGCCAACGUAACCAGAUUGGGGCCUUGGGCUCACUUCAACUGCAGCUUCUCGUGCUCCUAUAUGUUAGACCCUCGUGACCCGCUGUUCCUCCAGAUCGGGUCCCUCUAUCUGUCCCAGGUGGUGAAGCAGUUUGGUACGGAUCACAUCUACAACACUGACACCUUCAAUGAGAUGACUCCACCUUCUUCUGACCCCACCUACCUGUCUGCAGUCAGCCGCUCCGUCUUCGCCUCGAUGACCGCAGUUGAUCCUCAGGCAAUUUGGCUGAUGCAAGGCUGGCUGUUCUUCAGUGACGCAGCGUUCUGGAAGCCGGCCCAGAUUCAGGCCCUACUACACGGAGUGCCCCUCGGAAGAAUGAUCGUGCUUGACCUGUUCGCGGAGACCGAGCCAAUUUUCUCGUACACGGAGUCUUUCUACGGACAGCCCUUCAUCUGGUGCAUGCUGCAAAACUUUGGGGGCAACAGUGGAUUCUUUGGCACGGUGGAAAGCAUCAAUUCGGGGCCCUUCAAAGCCUUACAUUUCCCAAACUCAACCCUGGUGGGCCUAGGCAUGACGCCCGAGGGCAUCGAGCAGAAUCCCGUGAUGUUCGAGUUGAUGAGCGAGCUGGCCUGGCGCAAGGAGCCGGUCAACUUGUCCAAGUGGGUGUCGCUGUAUGCGAUGCGCCGCUACGGCAGCACGCAAGAGAGCCUGACCGCCGCGUGGCGGCUCCUGUUCGCCAGUGUCUACAACUGCACGGUGCCACAUUACCGGAACCACAACCAUAGCCCGCUGGUGCGCCGGCCUUCCUUUCACAUGAAUUCUGGCAUCUGGUAUGACCCGGUCGAUUUGUACAAAGCCUGGAAACUGAUCAUUGAGGCAGCUCCAUCUCUCGUGUCCAAGGAGACUUUCCGGUACGAUCUCGUGGACGUGACCCGGCAGGUCCUGCAAGUCCUGACAACUUCCUUUUACCAGGAUAUCGCAGAUGCCUUCCAGAGGCAAAAGCUGCCAGAGCUGCUGACCGCCGGCGGAGUGCUGGUCCACGACCUCUUGCCCGAACUCAACCGUUUGCUGAACAGCGACCGCAACUUCCUGUUGGGGACAUGGCUGGAGCGGGCCCGAUCCUUCGCCCUCGACGAGAAGGAGGCGCAGCUCUACGACAUGAACGCCAGAAACCAGCUCACUCUGUGGGGUCCCAGUGGCGAGAUCCUGGACUACGCCAGCAAAGAGUGGGGAGGCCUCAUGGAGGACUACUACGCCCAGCGAUGGGGUCUAUUCGUUCACACCCUGGUAGAAUGUCUGAACACCGGACAACCAUUCAAGCAGGACGCCUUCAACCAGGCCGUCUCCCAGGUAGAAAAGGGAUUCAUUUACAACGGCCAAAAGUACCCGACCAAGCCUCAGGGAGACACGUACGAGAUCGCCCGCAGGAUCUUCCUCAAGUACUACCCACAGGCCUUGAAGACACUAUAGUGAGUAGAGAAAUACAUCCUAGAAAAACUCGUCUCAAGUCGCAGCAAAAAGAAUGUCUUCCUCCACCUCCAGUCUUCCAUGGCUAUCCCAAAACAUUUAGAAAAUCUAACAGCCUGAAUCUGCAGGAACAAUUUGUUUUGCACAUGUAGAAAGAUCAGUAAUGGAUGGUUGUGCAUGUUGAAGGAGAGAAAAAAAA